UGUUGUUGUUGUUGUUUUUAAUAAUAAUAAAAAAUUCAUAAAUAUUUAUUUUAUUUUAGUUGGUGUUUAAAACUUUAUCCAAAAGGUGUUAAUGAAAAAUCAGUUGAAUAUAUAAGUUUAUUUGUUAAAUAUGUUCGUGGUCGUACAGAUUUAUUAGCUAAAGCUGAAUUUUCUUUAAUAAAUAGUCGUGGAGAAUUUCAUAUUGUACGUAAAACUCCAUAUCAUGUAUUUCCAACAGGUGGUGAUUGGGGUUAUUCAGAAUAUUUGAUGCGUAUGGUAUUAACAACACAACGUAAAUCGGAAUUAUUAAAUUCUGAUCAAAGUUUAAAAAUUUUUGCACGUGUUAUUAUUGUUGGAGAAUCAUCAUCAUCAAUAAUACAUGAAGAAAAAAAGAAUACAUAUGAUAGUUUAGUUUCAUUAUCAACACAUUUGGGUUCAUUAAUAUCAUCAAAUAAAGAUAAUUGUUAUGAUGUUACUAUUAUUGUACGACCAGAACAAUUUAAUAAUUUAAUAUAUGAAAAUAAAUCAAAUGAUAUACCAUCAUCAUCAUCAUCAUCAUCAUCAUCGUCUUCAUCAUCACCAAAAAAGAAUAAUAAUCGUACAAAACGUAAACGAUAUAGUUCAAAUUCUGGUGGAAGUAGUGGUGCAGGAGAAUCAUCAGAUGAAACAACUUCAACAGCAUUAACUGUUUCAUCAACAUCUACAACAGCAACAUUUUAUGCACAUCGAAGUAUUUUAAGUGUAAGUUUUUAUAUUUAUUUCAUUUAA